AGACAUUUGGCAGCAGAAGGCUCUUCCCCUUUGCAGAGUAAAGCAGCAUGAGAUUAAAGAGCUGCAGGAUGUGACUUGGCAGAUUUAGAUUUAAGGCAAAAAACCAAUAAUAAUUAACAAUGUGGGUGAUUAAGCAGUGGAAGAGCAUGCUAAGGUGAUGGCUGGUUUUUAAGCACUGAAUAUUUUGCACCAGAAUAUCUUUUUCUCAAAGAGAUGCUCUCAUUCAAAUGGGACUGAAUUAGGUCAGGGAGUUCUCUGACCUGAGGUAGGUAGAAGAUCAUGCAGAUAAUCCACAUACUCCCUCUGGCCUUGUGACUAAUUCCCUUUGGUACAGCUAUUCCUGAUGUGAGAUCCAGGGGACCUGUGCUUGCCCUCAGGAUCUUCCAAACUCAUUACGUUUGUUGUGUCAACCCAUUAGAUACUCACAGGCUGCAUGCAGACUCAUUAGUUAGACUGAAUUAUGUCUUUGCUCUUUGAACGUUAUCAAAACAUUCAGAUCUAGUGUGUUUCAUGGUCUGCCAUUGGUCCUUCUUUGUACACACAUUUCUGUGGUUACUCCUUGCUCACAAACCACAGACUUUUAAUGCACAUGUGCUGGUUUCGGUUAUUUGGUAGAUUGAAACUGUGGUGGCUGAUGUCAUCCCAAUCUUCUACAUUUAUCUUACUUUUGAUGAAACCCUUUAUUAUUAGAUUAAAAAAAAAAAAUUGUUUCAGACCUCAUACAUUAACUUUGUCUUAAAAAAUCUAGCAUCCAGGUUCCUACAGAAGAUAUUUAGUAGCUCAGGUAUCAAGAGCCUGUGGACCCCUUAUAUCUCCAGAUCUGCAGUGCCUGCAAUGGAGCCCAUGUUCAUGGAAGGUGGGACAUGGUAGAAAUAGUAUAAAAACAAUGGCAAAUGCAUAAAGCACCUGGAUUCAGUGCAAAUGAGCUGUUUUGCUUGGAGCUGGCUUCAGCCUACUCUGCAUUUUCUCAGAUCACAGUUGACUUUUAAGGGAGAUAAUCUUAGGAGGAGGUCUGGAGGGAAGGCGAGUUACAGGUGAUAAGAAAUGAGUGUGAUGAUGCCCUGGUUGCUGCUCCUUCUGCUGGUCAGCUUUGGCUCACCCGCACCCAGGUUUUCGGAAAAAGAUAUCUGCCUCCUAGACAACGAUAAAUUAAGACAAAGGUCAAAACAGCUUCAAGACUUGCUUUUCUUAUAUGAACUACAACUAAAGGACAUCCUGGAGAACACUUACCAUAGAACAAGCAGUGGGCUGUUCUCAGGCAACAGGAGCAUGCAGCAUAAGAUGCUUUUACCUACAACCAGUGGAAAUUUGAUAGUCUACGACCAAGAUUGCUCUGCCGUGUAUGAUCGGAAGAACACCAAAAACGGCUACUACCGGAUCAGGCCCAGGGCAGACCAAGAGCCGUUCCUGGUGUACUGUGACAUGUCUGAUGGCGGGGGCUGGACCGUCAUCCAGCGGCGCAGUAAUGGCAAGGAGAGCUUCAACAGGAAAUGGGAUGAUUACAAACUGGGAUUUGGGAAAUUCCAGGACAGGAAUGAUGAAUACUGGCUGGGCAAUGACCACAUCUAUGACCUGCUCACUAGAGGAGAGAGCUCAUUAAAGAUUGACCUGAUGGACUGGCAUGGGGAAAGACGUUAUGCAGUCUAUGAAAAUUUCCAGCUUGCAAAUGAGCAGGACAAUUACAGGUUAUGGUUUGGCACCUAUUCUGGUAACGCUGGCGACGCUCUGUCUGGUGGGAGCAAUUUUGAAGAUCAGUGGUCAGCCUCUCACAGAGGGAUGCAGUUCACCACAUCUGACAAGGAUCACGAUCGAUUCCUGGCAGGCAACUGUGCAUCUGAGAACAAGGGUGGCUGGUGGUUUAACAGGUGCCAUGCUGUGAAUCUCAAUGGCCGGUACUACAGAACAGGAAGGUACAAUGGACCCCAUGAUGAUGGCUUGGUUUGGUCUACGUGGCAUGGGGUGUGGUACUCACUAAAAUACUCUGCCAUGAAAAUCAGGGCUCCAUUCUUUGUUGACAGCGAGAGUGGAGAUGGUGAGAACAGUCAGGGCAGCUGAAACCAGCUGCUUUGGAAAAAAAAGAAGUACAGGCUGAAGGGAAUUGUACAAGUUAACAGCCAGCCCUCUGCUCCUGCCAACCACCAAACCUGCACUGUGAUAACUGGAGUUGCUGAAGUUAACAUUGUGAGUUAUUUGAGCACAGCCAAACAAUAAUUUGAAAGAAAACAUAUGGAUCUAGUCAUGAAAUAAAUGCAGCAAUUUUCAGCACUCAUUGGAGAGUGUUUUAGAAAAGCUCUCUGGACCUUGAAUGAUUAAGAAUGUCCUUUUAGCUAUCUGUACUCUUGAAGGGCCCAGUCCUUCUCAUCCUGAUUUUAACCAUCAGUGCUUCGAUUACAAGAACAUAAAAAACAAGGUGAUGGUGAACCGCACUUCAUCUGGUCUACCUACAUUAGUGAAUCAGGAGAAUGUUUCAACAGCUGUAUCUAUGGUCCCCAAAUGCCACACUUCAAUUGCAGAACACUCCUGGAGAGUGUGAAGCCAAGGCAGUGACAUGCUACAACUGCUAAUGUGAAUCCAGACUAAGGCUACUUCAAAGUAAAUCCCCACAACACAGAUAGCGUGGGUGUUGGGUUUGGUUGCCAAGUGCUUCGCGCUGCAGAUCCGCUUCUGCAGCACACCGCAAUAUAUUAAUGCAAAGACAAUGCUGCCAAUCAGAUUUAAGCCCCAGAUUAAAAUGAGGCAGAUUUUGCUGUAUUUAAGAUAAGCACAGACACUCUUAGGAGUUUGUAAAACAGAGUCAUGAUUCAUUUGUACAUUCUUGUGCAAUUUACUACUAACUUUGCGUUAGUGAAGGGGAAUGUGAAAGUGGAAAGUGGUUGAACCGUAAGGCCCACUGCUUUCCAUGUAUCAGUGGAGUGAAAUGAAAGAGCAACACAAAUUGGAUUCUGAAAAUUUAUUUUCCACACGUUUUUAAUAACAACAGUUACAAUGAACAGUAAUAUCAGCUUGAUGCAAAUCAGUUACCUGUAAAAUGAGCCUACUUCUUCUUCUGAAUUACAAUUUUUUUUUUUAAACUGAUUGUUCUUUUCCAUUUACUUGCUUUUAGAUCCAUACAUAUUGUAAUUUGUAUUAUAUAUCCAUAGAGGGUGAAAUAAAACCAUCUGAGUAGGUCUUAA